ACGACCCAAGAGGACGACAACACCGAAGGAGAAGACAUUUAUGUUCGGACGGCGGAGUCAAUCACCUUAAUUCGGGUGUCACCAUGGCUGACAUGUACAUUUCAGACAAUGAGUCAGAAACCUCAGAUGAUAUAGCAGAAUCUGGCCAAUCUGGUGGCAAACGGGGUGCAGGUCCAGCCUACACACUCAAUGUACCAGACCUCAUCCUGCCAGGUGAGCCGCCAGGGCGCCAACGGCUGCUCUCUGACUCCCAGGCUUCCUUGGUGAGCCAGGGGGACGAGGGUGAGCCCCAUGAUGGGAUGGUGUCCGAGGAGGGAGGUGAAGGAGCCCCGUUCCGUGGGCGUUCACGGUCGGCGCCCCCUGAGCUGUGGGCGGCCAAGCGGUAUGGGCGACAGCUGAGGCGCAUGAGUGAUGAAUUCGACUCCUGGCUGGACAAAGGGAAGAUGAAGAGGGUCCAGAGCGCCGGGGUGGCCCGGCAAAUGCGCCUGUCCCCCAGCUGGUUGGGUCAGCUGGCCCAGCUCUUUAGCCACCGUGAGUCUGAGGCAGAGAUCAGCAGCAGCUUCACCGGAACAGAUAGCAGGGCUGCCAAGUGACAGAAGAAGAGACACAGAGGGACAGAGCGGCAUAAGGGCAGUAUGCAGGGUUCCUAAAACAAAGGUUGCCAGUAAUGUAACAAGGACAACCACAAGUAACAAGUAACAGACUAAUCCAGUGAGCCCAAAAAAGACAGCAAAAAAGAGGAAGGGGAAUGAACUACACUGACAAGCAACUACUUCCUCUGUUCUGCACUGAACAAACACUAUGCACAACUUCAGAUGAAAUGGAGGUGCAGAAAAAGGUUACUUUGUGGACUUUUUUCCAUCACUUUUUAUGGUGGCACUUAACCAUUUUCUCAAAAUUGCAAGCUUUAAAACAAAAAUACAACCUUUUGACAAUCUUAAUGGUAAUGGGAGUUUUCCCCUGAAAAUCCCUACUUCUAUAUAAAAAUAUUUACUUAGUAAUGCAUAGAACAAA